CCCCUCCUCCGGCACCAGCACAGCCCCAGCCCCGUGUCCUGGUGCUCCAGUGGCCCGGUAUCCCGGUGUCCUGGUAUCCCGGAGUCCCGGAGCGGCCGCCGAGCCCGCCCCUGCACGGACGGUGUUGUGGCUCAGGGAUUGUCACUUUUUCUCCAUCCAUGUGCCAGCUCUGCAGGUAUGGACUCGGGAUAUCAUGAUUAAUGACCACUGAGCAAAGAAAAUUAAUCUGGAGUGAUAAAAACCUUCCUUGGUCACAUCACCUGCCUCAAUCCCUCUCCAUAAAACAGUGCUGGGAUGCAGGAGGGGAGGAUUCAUGUGUGGAGAGCCCAGGCUGCACGUGGAGAAUCAAAUUUAAGAGAUCCUGGUUCUUCUACUUAAUGCUUUAGAUUCUGGGCUGUAAUCAGAAGAAAUCUGGACCAUCCUGCAGAAAAUCGUGUUGGAGGUGCACUGGGAGCAGAGGGCUGACUUUGGCUUUCCAUGUGCAAUAAUCCUCAGCAUGUCCUUGUUCCAUCCCACUCUGGCCUUUCUCCUGCUCUUCCUCCUUCCAGGAAUUUGGGUUUCAGCUGAGAACAUCAACUUUUACGACGUGAGGCCUCCCCUGGACCCCACCCCGUUUCCAGAGAGUUUUAAGUGCUUUACCUGUGAGAAUGCAGAGGACAAUUACAGCUGUAACAGAUGGGCUGAAGAUCGAUGGUGCCCUGAAAGCACUCAGUACUGCCUGACAGUUCAUCUCUUCACGGACCACGGGAAGAGCACGUCAGUCACCAAAAAAUGUGCCACGGGGGAGGAAUGUCACCUCGUCGGCUGCCACCGGCACGGAGAAAGUGGCCACACAGAAUGUGUUUCCUGCUGUGAGGGCAUGAUCUGCAACGUGGAGAUCCCAACCAACGACACCAACGCCGUGUUCGCCGUCCUGCCCGCCCGGAGGACGUCGGGUGGCAGCAGGAGGACAGUCAGCCUGGCAGUGCUGGUGUCAGCCGUGAUGGUCACCCUGUCCUGACCCUGCACCCCCACCACACACCUCUUUGGGCCAUCAGAACUGUCAGGAUCUUCAAGGAGAAAUCACUGGUAGUUCCUAAUUACAGAAAAUGCGAGUGCACAUCAUGGAGUCCUUGGAUAUUUUAAUGAAGAUGCUUCACGUGGCCCCCGGCAUUUACAAAUAUUUACAAAUAAACC